AUGUAGACGCCGUAAAAGCAUUUGCAUGGUCCCCACACAAAUAAAAUAUUAUUGUUUCAGGAGGAGAAAAUAAAGAUAAAACUUGAAAAUUUUGGAAUAUUUAAACUAAUUAGUUAAUUAAAAGUAUACAUAUAGGUAGUUAGAUAUGUAAUAUGCAUUAUUCUAAAAAUUUUAAUGAAAUUAUUACUACUCAUGGGUUUUAAAUUAAUGAAAUUUCACAAUGGAAUGCUAAUAAAUAUUCGUAAAUUACUGCUUUGUAUGGACAUUCUGAAAGGGUAUUAUAUUUGGCAGUGUCUCCAGAUUAAGAAGAUAUUGCUACAGGAUCGGCAGAAAACAUUGAGGUUUUGUAAAGUAAUUAUUUAUAUUUAUAUUAAAUAUAAUUAUUUAUAAAUUUUCCCUAGUUUACCGAAAAUUGAUAUUAAUAAUUAGUAAAUUAAAUUAAAUCCUUUCUAUGAAAGCUUGAGAUAAAAAAUUAAUGUUUUUUUUAUAUAAAACAAUAAAUAUUUUAUAUAUAAUAAAUGA